GUGUAUAAAAUAAAUAAAUAAAACAAGCUGUCUUUGAGAUUUAAUACUGAAGUUGUGUUAAGCAAAUUAUUAUUUAUUAAUAUGGCUUAUGAACCAAUUCCCGAACAAAUUGGAGAUAUCAAUUUGAAUAAUUAUUAUCUUGACCAUCAAACUUACAAUAAAGCUGUAUACGUUCAUAAGAAAUACUUACCAAAGGGUAAAUGUUAUAGAAAAUAUUCAGAAAUUUAUAACAAUUUUACUAAACAUGAUACAUUAGAGAAAACUCAACAGUUUCCUGGACAUGAUAGCCAAAAAGAAUUUAAUGAAAAGAGAAAAAAUAAAAACUUACACGACGAAUCAGUGUUAGCACAAACGGUAAAGUUUGCACAAGAUUUAGCCCCGAAAAUAAUACCUCCAAGUAGAGAGUUUUCUCCUACACCAGUUGUUUACACUAUAAAAACGUCUAAGAAAUCUGGGAAGAAGAUUUCAAAGUGUUCCAGUCCACGAGAAAAUGAUUUAAUGCCUGAUAUACAUAAAUCUAAAGAUACGAAACAUACUAAGAAAGAUAAGAUACUUGUUACGAAAGAAGAAGUAAGUCAAAGUACACAGGAUAAUACAUCCGAUGAUUUCCAAACGAAUCAAAGCUCCUCACUAUCACUUUCCGAAGUCUAUGAAAAUAAAUUGAAUAAAACAACACGGAAUCAAAGAAAACGUAAACAGGAAUAUGAAUCUAAAAUGGAUAUUUCAAACAUCAUGGAAGGAAUUACUACUGCAUUAGAUUGUAAUAAUAAUAAAAUAAAAAUUCACGUAAUGAACGAGGAAGAAAGGAAUAUAUUAUAUGAAAGUAUAAGAGAUCCGAUUGUGAACUCUAUUAAAGAAUAUUUAAAUGAAAUUAAAAAUCCAUCAGGAAUAGCUGCAGAAAUGCAAAUUAUAUCACAAACAUUAGCAUGUAAUAUGGAAAAAUUGGAUUACGCGAUACAUACACUUGAGAAGAUAGAAAGAAAGAUCACAGAUUAUGGUGACAAAAAGACAAGAGUUAUCAUGUCUCCUAAACCAAUAUCAUCUAAAGCAUCAAGAUUAGAAGAAUUAGCAGAAGAUAUGCCUGAUGAUAGAGAUUUGCCAGAAGAAGAAUACGAAACAGCAGCUUAUAAGAAGACAAUGGUUAGUAGAAGUGCGGUUGUAGCAAUGAGUCCAAAUGAAUAUAGGACAAAUAGAAUGUCUGAUAACAACGAUCAUGGUGAAAAUGGACCAGUACAGGUGAAUGUUACAUACAGUCAAUUGGAAUCUAAACAAGAACGCCCUAAUAGAAUUCCAGCCAGAUUUUGCUGGACAGAUGGCAACAGAAAUAAUUAGAAAAGGUUCCAUAACUUUUAUCUUUGACUUUUGUAGCAUACAUUUUAGUUUUAAAUUUACUAGAUUUUUCUGUUAGUUUUAUAUUUUUUAUUGUAUGUUAUU